CCGAGGGGCUCCGGCGGCGAUCUCUGCACAGCAGAAGCGCGGGCGCGGAGCCCCAGCCAGCGCGCAGGGCCCGGGCCCGGCCGGGGACACACUUCCUCGCCGCCGCCCUCUGCGCGACUCCCUGCCCACGAGCCACCAUGUCCGACCCCGCAGUCAACGCGCAGCUGGACGGGAUCAUUUCGGACUUCGAAGCCUUGAAGAGAUCUUUUGAGGUUGAGGAGGUCGAGCCACCCAACUCCACCCCAGCCCGGAGAGUCCAGACUCCACUGCUCCGCUCCACUGUGGCCAGCUCCACCCAGAAGUUCCAGGACCUGGGUGUGAAGAACUCAGAGCCCGCAGCCCGCCAUGUGGACUCCCUAAGCCAGCGCUCCCCAAAGCCUUCCCUGCGGAGGGUUGAGCUCUCGGGGCCCAAGGCAUCUGAGCCUGUGUCCCGACGCACCGAGCUGUCCAUUGACAUCUCGCCCAAGCAGGUGGAGAACACUGGAGCCGCCGGGCCCUCCCGGUUCGGGCUCAAGAGGGCUGAGGUGCUGGGCCACAAGACACCAGAGCCGGCCCCUCGGAGGACGGAGAUCACCAUCGUCAAGCCCCAGGAGCCAGCCCACCGCAGGAUGGAGGCCCCCGCCUCCAAGAUUCCCGAGGUGCCUGCUGCCCCCGUUCUCGACGCAGCCCCCAAGAGGGUCGAGAUUCAGGUGCCCAAGCCAGCCGAGGCACCCACCUGCCCCCUUCCGCCCCAGAUCCUGGAGAAUUCAGAGCCCCCGAUGCCUCAGCUGCAGAGCAGGCUGGAGCCCAAGCCCCCUGGCGAGGCCCCUCCCAGGAGCCAGGAGGCCACCGAGGCAGCUCCCAGCUGUGUGGGCGACAUGGCUGACACCCCCAGAGACGCCACGCUCAAGCAGACACCUGCACCACGGAGUGAGAAGGCCCCCGUGGACUUCGGCUAUGUGGGGAUCGACUCCAUCCUGGAGCAGAUGCGCAGGAAGGCCAUGAAGCAGGGCUUUGAGUUCAACAUCAUGGUGGUUGGGCAGAGCGGCUUAGGAAAGUCCACCUUAAUCAACACCCUCUUCAAAUCCAAAAUCAGCCGGAAGUCAGUGCAGCCCACCUCAGAGGAGCGCAUCCCCAAGACCAUUGAAAUCAAGUCCAUCACCCACGAUAUUGAGGAGAAGGGGGUCCGGAUGAAGCUGACUGUGAUCGAUACACCUGGGUUCGGGGACCACAUCAACAAUGAGAACUGCUGGCAGCCCAUCAUGAAAUUCAUCAACGACCAGUACGAGAAGUACCUUCAGGAGGAGGUCAACAUCAACCGGAAGAGGCGCAUCCCAGACACUCGCGUCCACUGUUGCCUCUACUUCAUCCCUGCCACCGGCCACUCUCUCAGGCCCCUAGACAUUGAGUUCAUGAAGCGCCUGAGCAAGGUGGUCAACAUUGUCCCCGUCAUCGCCAAGGCUGAUACGCUGACCCUGGAGGAGAGGGUCUACUUCAAACAGCGGAUCACUGCAGACCUGCUGUCCAACGGCAUUGACGUGUACCCACAGAAGGAGUUUGACGAGGACUCGGAGGACCGGCUGGUGAACGAGAAGUUCCGGGAAAUGAUACCAUUUGCUGUGGUGGGCAGUGACCAUGAGUACCAAGUCAAUGGCAAGAGGAUCCUCGGAAGGAAGACCAAGUGGGGCACCAUCGAAGUUGAGAACACCAUGCACUGUGAGUUCGCCUACCUGCGGGACCUCCUUAUCAGGACGCACAUGCAGAAUAUCAAGGAUAUCACCAGUAGCAUCCACUUUGAAGCCUACCGCGUGAAACGGCUCAACGAGGGCCACAGCGCCAUCGCCAACGGGGUCGAGGAGAAGGAGCCAGAAGCCCAGGAGAUGUAGACACCACCCAUGCCCCGGGACCCUGCCCCCAAGUCUGUUCGUCCCCCCCCACCCCCGCCGAGGCCCACCCACUUGCCCCAUCUUAUUUUAUACAACUUUGUCCAUUUGUCAUUGUUCUCCACCCCUUCCCACGCUGCCAGGUAACAAGUGUGUUUGUCAUUAGCCCCCACCUGCUGUGGGCAUGGGGUGGGUGGGACCUGGGCCUGGCCUUCCCCUGGGCUGGAGGAGAGGACCUAAGGAAUCUGACCCCCUACACAGGCCCAGUCCCCCAGGGGCCACAAGAGUCACUUGUCUGUGCCCACCCCUGUGAGUUCUCAGAGCCAGAGCCUCUGCAGGACCAGAUCCCCUCCACUCCCAUGGGCACAGCCCUUAGACUGGUCAGAGGCUGUGCCCAGGGGAGGAUAGAGCUGGCCAGGAGAAUCUGGAGUUGGCUGGCUGUCCCCCCAUGUGGCACCUCACUCCCCUGCUCCCAAGGGGAGACUAGAGGAUUCCACAACCCAAGUUGCCAAUUGCUAAGACGUGGCAAGGCCCAGGCUGCUCUUGCCCAGAAGCCUGUUCUGGAGCAGAAAGUGCCUUUAUCUCAGCUGUCCACACCAGCCAGUGGACUCUCCCCUACUGUCCCCUCAGGCCAGAAACAGGGACAGGUUGGAGAGAGGGAGGUAUGUAUUGUUUCCCCUCCCCCCUCCCUCCUCACACCUCCUGUGCUGCCAACCCACUGGGUUCUAAGGAUGCUUAGGAAGCACAGAAGGUGCUUCCACCCUGAAUCUGAAAGUUCUAAGCAAGUGAAUCCAGUAGAGAAGACAGGGAGGAAGCCAUGGAAAGUGCUGGAAGGAGGGUGGAGGGGUGUGUGGGAGCUGUGUUGCCCUGCACGGGUGCCCGGGGAGGUCUGUCUCAUCUUUGGUUUGGCCCUAGAUGCUCUAGUUACAUUGGCACUCAUUCACCCCACCCCCAGACUCACCAUCCUGGCUCAGGCUUUGCUGACUCAGUGACCCAGGCCAGUGGGAGCUGGUACAACCUGACCAUUUGUUGUCAUACAUGCGCCUAGGUUCCUGCACCCCAGAACCCAUCAUAAAGACCCCUAAAGAAGGAGAGACAGAGGGGUCAGAGAUGCAUGGAACACAGCCAGGCUGCAGAGCCAGACUGCACAGUGGCACAGCCUGGUUCUUUCACCCUUUAUCCUUGUGACAGGGGCCAGCAAGGACCAUCACCAUGCAUAGCUGACCAAAGUCACUUCCUUUCUGCCUCCCGUUCCUGGCGAGGUUGGAUGCAGGUGUACAGCGCCAAGGCAUGUCUGUCUGCAAGACCCCAGGCUGGCUUCUUGCAGCUAGAAGUGCAAUGGGAGAGGCAGGGUGCGGAGAGACUUGGUGCAUGGGUGUGGGUGCUGCUUUGGGUGUGUGUGUGCAUAUGUGUGCGCAUGCGUGUGUGUGGAAGUCACAGCACCGGGCGUCUUAAUCCACCCCCACCCAGGCAUGGCAGGACCCUCACCAAGCUCCCUCAGCUGAACAGUUUACUUGCUAACUGCCAACUUGCCGAGUUUUUGCCAAAACCAAGACUUUGAAGGAACUGUCCAGCCCCAGGGGCCAGGAUGUGAGCAGCCUUCCCCAGCCCCCAUGUCACUCGGGGUUUUAGCCCCCAUGUCACUCGGGGUUUUAGCAGCAAUCCCUGCCUUGGGAUGGCUUUGCUUUCCUUCUCUGUAACCAGAUUUUGAAAACUAUUCAUUUCACUGGGCUCUGUUCCACAAUGGCCUUUUGCUAUGUGCCUCCUGAGAAAUUCGUCUCUUUUUGUAUAAAUAACAAAGUGUUGAAAAUGUAUUUCCUGAAAUAAACGUUUCAAA